GUAACCACCACGGCUUUUAGAUUAACACCUUAAUAUUAUUUAAUUUAAUUUCUCCUUCAUAUGUCUUCCUCUAAAUAUAUUCUUCAAUCAUCUGUAAGUCCACCCUUUUCGUUCUUAUCCCCAUGGCAUGGGAGCCAAUUUAACACCCUUACCACUCCCGUCUCCGCCUCCUCCUUCUACAAAAUCCAAUUUACCUAUGCUUUAUUACGGGCUAAUAGUGGUGGGAACGGCCGCCGUAGCUCUUUUCGUAUUCAACUUCAUCAUCGUCCGGUGGUGCACCAAUCGCCACGGUGGGUCGAGGCUGGGACACAGCGGGCUGCAGCUUGAGAUAGCAACAGGGCAGAGUUUUGAAAACGCCAGCAGAAGCUAUAUGUUGUCGAGUUUCAAGUACAAGAAGGAGAAGAACAAUACGUUGUUGUUCCGAAACCAAGGUGGUGAAUACGAAUGUGCGGUUUGCUUAUCGGUUUUUGAAGAGGGGGAGGAGCUGAGGCAGCUGCCGAGUUGCAAGCACUCCUUCCAUGCUCCUUGUAUAGACAUGUGGCUGUACUCUCACUUCAACUGCCCGGUGUGUCGUGCCCCCGUUGGUACCACAGCAGCGGUGGAUGCGGCCGAAAAUUCUAGGAGAGGCCUGCUGGGUUCUGGCUUCCUGAUCGCAGCGGCCGUUUGAGGUUUUUGCCGUUCUUUUAAUUCCCUUCUUUCGUCUGUCUUCGUUGAUUAGGUCGGUAAAGUUUGGCAACUUCGUAAGAUGAUUUUUCCAAUGAAGCCAUAUCACACCACAAUGUGUGUACAUAUUUGUUAUUCGGCCAAACUUGAAGGAGAAAUUUCUUCCUUACAAUAGAGAUACCACGAUGGU